GUGAAAUUACUUCAAAAUCAAACAAAUGAAAGGGGAGAUUAGGUAACUAAAACCAUACCAGAGCAUCCGAUUCCACCAUUUGCCCCCAAUCAAUUGCCGAAAACCUCACUAUUGGAUGAUUCUCAUCCAAUCCAAUUGACCGAUCCUGAAUAUUAAUUCUAGAUCGAACGCAAUCUAGCCUAGCGUUAUCAGAAAAUUGAUCGCAAUUUGGUCGGAUGGUAUCGCAAAAUUGAGGCGUAAUCGGCUCCGCAAUCUCGCAAAAUUGAGGUGUGAUUUCUGGAAAACGGGCGCAAUCCAGCAGCAAAUCAUUCCUCUGAUCUCCAAUUGCAGUCUCUAAGCGAAAUCUGGACAUCCUCGCCAAAUUCGCAUUUUUCGGCAACAUAGUUGCCUUCACACCUGCGAGAACAGAGGAUGCCGGAGAGGAGUUGAUGCUGUGUGACGCCGUCGAAGGUUCUUGCUGCGUCGGAGAAGGUGAAGUCUCGCCUGCUUCACGCCAUCGCCGUCCCGCAGCUCUGUUUCGCCGGUCGAGAAGAUGAGAGACGGGAGACCAAGCUACCACCGCCGCUAGAAGAAGAGCACGCCGGAAGCACGGUUCGGCCACGCCGAAGCAGUUGCCUCACCACCAAGCUCCGCCGCCGUCCCCUGCUUCACAUCCAGCUGCCGGAGUUUCCUGUUGCUGUCUUGCUAAUGUUGAGAGAGACGAGAGGCAGAGAUGAGCAACCGUCUUCCACCAUCCCCACAGGAAUACCCAAUUUUAGGUCUCAAACGUCUGAGACUACUUGUGCAGAAUAGAAUUGUUGAAUUUCACACCGAAUUGGAGUUGUCUUGGAGAAUCCUUGUAUUCUGGGGAGGACCACUGUUGUAGUGUUGUUAUAGACUUGUAGUUGAUGUGAUGUUAACUUGUAUUGAGUGCUUUGAACUUUUGAAGUUUGGACUUGUGAUUUUUUUAAGUUUUAUUAUUUAUGUAUGGGUACAUUAAUUUUUAUUAGAUAUUGAAGAAUGAAGUUAAAGGGUUAAAUUCUAGCUCGAACUCGAGCUUAAAAUUCGAGCUUAAAAUUCGAGCAACUGAACUCGAACUCGAGCUCAAUUUGAGCUAUGUCGAGUCGAUCUUCGGCUCGAGCUCGAGCUCGAGUUCGAACACUCGAGCCAAUCGAGCUGAGCUCGAGCCGCUCGAAAAUAUGGCGAGCCGAGCUCGAGCUGCCCUGAUUUAAUCGAGCUCGAGCUCGAGCUACCCCAAGUUCGAGCUCGGCUCGGCUCGUUUACACCCCUAGUCCCAAUGUGUAUAUUCUCAGAGUCAAGUCAAGCAAAGGUUGCCAGGGAAGGAAAAGUUGAGUUUAAAUUUGACAUGAAGCCAGACAAUUCGAAUAUGGAAGAGUACAGAAAACUGUGUCGUGAAAGAACGAACAAAUCAAUGGUCAAGAACAGGCAAAUUCAGGUCAUUGCUAAUGAUUGUGGAGUAAACAUGAGGCCCAUGCCCGGAAUGUUUGGAAUGAUUGCAUCCAGUUCUAAGCAAUUUCUGAAGGAGAUACUAAAUGAACUGUGUGUAUACAAUAAGAGGGGAGCAAACCAAGGUGUUUCCCAAUUCCCACUAUCUGAGCUUCUGCCAAGAAAGAAUUGAACAAUUAGAGCAAACUAACAAGGAGAUUCUAGAGCAAAGUAAGAAGAUUAUGAAGUUGUUACAAGGUAUAUAUAGUGCACAUCCGGAGUUGGUACAAUCUGUUGCUUCUAUUGCCGAUAGCAAUCAAAGUAGUGAUGUUGGGCUAUAUAAUCUUAACUUGAAUGUGUAAUCUCAAUAGUUCAAUUUUGAGUGGUUAUUACAUUUUGAAAUGUGAAGAAGCUAUUACUUUUUGAAGUGUAAAGUAGUUAUUACUUUUGGACAUGUGAAUUUAGAUAAUAAUGAGUAAAUGCAAUUAAAUUAUUAUUUUUUGGUGACUUUACAUUGUUA